AAAAAUAAUCAUUAGGUUUUCUUAAUAGACUUCAAUUGUUGAAAGUUGUUGUUGGUAUCUGUCAAUUGAUACUAGAUUACCAAAUAAAAUAUUUGACAGAAAAACGAACAAAGUAGGAAGAUUUAGCCAUUUAGGUCAGCUGUCUUUGAAAAUUUAUUAGAAUUCCUAACACAGUUAGGUAGUUUCAGCUGAUACUUAAAACUUAAAAGGGGCAAAGAUGAGAGUAAUUGUGUGUGACUAUACUUUUGCUUUGGAGUUUCACUAGUCAAAGGAAAAAUUAGUUGAAGACCAAAUUCGUAAACAAAAAUACUUUGUAUUAGUUUUGUUGGUGUGUUUAGUCUUUUCAUUGUAAUCUAUAUAUACUGGUUCGCAUAUCUAACUCGUAGUUAACAUAAUUAUAGCAACAAAUCACCACAAAAUUCUGAAUUUAGUAAAAUUUCCAGAAAAUUCAUUAAAGUUCUUUACAUUUUUUUUGUCGAUGAAUACAGGUUUACAAACUUUUCUUAAUUGAAGUUUCACAUAUUUGAAAGUAUAACAUUUAAAAAAAAAAAAAUGAGGUUACGUUAGAAGAGUGUUUUAAAAUACUUUAUAAUUUUUUUGUUAGGAUACAAGCCAAAAUUUAAUUUUCAAAUCACAAAAGUAAAUAAUAAAUCGUAUUAUUCUGACUAUAAGUCUAACACUAAAGAAUAUUUGAAGAAUUGUCCAAAAAAUUAGGAUUAAACAGAAAAAAUUUCACUCAAUCUAAACAAAGAUUUGGCCGUAGAAAGAUAACGCCGACGAAAUGCUCCACCACUUUAGUAUAUUUUUAAAUACUAGAAUUCAAUUCGUAAAAAACCAAGUUAUUAAAAAAAAAAAACAGGUAUCUCAUAGUGUAAUUGAUUUAUGUUUUGAUAUAAUCAAAACUGGUUAGUAGUUUAAUUAAAAUUAUCAUUUUCUUAAUUAGUAUAGAAUUCUAGUUAACGUAAUCGACUCAAUAUUUUUUUAAAUAUUAAAAAAACAUUAUUUAAUAUCUCUUAAUCAUAUCUAAGAUGAUAUUUUCUUCUAUUAAUAAAAAGGAAAAUGUGUUACGCAAAAAAAGGGGAAAGGUUUGAGUACCACGUGACAUAUACCUUUUUCUUCUCUACUCUGUUCGACAGUCACGCCGUUUAUAAUCUCUCUUUUUAUUCGAAGAAUUUACCUUCGAUUGUAAUGGAGCUUUCAAAAGAUCCGGACAAAAGUUCUAUCAUGAUUGUUCCAGAUACACCCGUUAAAACAAAACAAUUUGAGAAAUUUUACGUGAGAAGGAAAUCUAUUAAGCUUCCACAAGAUUCAGUAAUUUCUCCUCAAGCAAUCAAAGAUCGUGGUGAAGAAGAGAGUAAGGAGAAGUUUUUUUUUCCUCAAGAUGAUCCACAAAACACUCAUCAGAAAGACGAGAAGGAGAAUUCAAAAGAAAAUCAUGAAAGAAAGCGUGAUGAAUCAGAACUUUUUCAAGAUGAUGAUUCACAACGUGUUACUGGAAAAGGAAGGAGAAAGAAUUUAAAAGGGACACCAAGAAAACAGAGGUUUAACAGGCCACGUAUCUUGGAAGAGGGGAAGAAACCAAGGAAUCCAGCCACUACUCGACUGAGAACUAUAUCCAACAAGAGGAAGAAAAAGGACAUAGACAGUGAAGAUGAAAUUAUACCUGAGCCUGCAACUCCAAAAAAGCAAAGUCUUCCAAGAAGAAGAAAGAACGAGAAGAUUAAGAGAAACGUGGCUCGGACUUUGAACUUUAAGAAGGAAAUUGUUCUUAGUUGUCUUGAGUUCGACAGAAUUUGUGGACCAACUUUUCCAAAAGGGAGACAGAGGAUGACCACACUACGAAGAUAUGAUUUCCACUGUUUAUUACUUCCUAUGCCUAUUUGGAAAAAGCAAUCAAGAAGGUCUAUGCGUAGGAAGAAUGUGGUUAGAUGGGCUAGAAUUGCUUCGUCUUCUGAACAGAUAGAAGAAACCUUGCCUUUAAUAGUAAAGCAUCAGAAAACUGAUGGACGAGCAGAUGUUUCUUUGCCAAUUGAAGAUACACUCACGAGACAUGUUGGUUCUGUAGUCUCAAAGCGAAACAAGAAAAGUACUAAGAAUAUUGUUGAGCAUUUAAAUCAACAAAUAUCUUAUCAGAAAUAUCACAGUCUCUCUUCUCUAGCAGAUGUUCCUUUGCACAUUGAAGACACACUUAUGAAAUCGGCUAGUUCUGUACUUCCAGAACAACCCAUCAAGAAGACGAAGGAUAUUGCUAAGUUAAUCAAAGAAAUGGGAAGAUUAAAGAUCAAUAAAAGGGUAACAACGAUGAUCAAAUCUGCCAAAAAACUUGUUACUGCAAAGGUGAGUCUUGAUCCAGAGACCAUUAAAGAGUGGGAGCUCUUAAUGGUGAAUGAUCUUCCAAGUAGAUCAUAUGCUGACAAGGAGACAGAGGCCAAAUGGAAAAAAGAAAGAGAGAUUUUCCAAAGUCGGAUAGAUCUUUUCAUUAACCGGAUGCAUCUUUUACAAGGUAAUAGAAAAUUUAAGCAGUGGAAAGGCUCGGUUGUUGACUCAGUGGUUGGAGUUUUUCUGACACAAAAUGUAACCGACUAUCUUUCAAGCAACGCUUUUAUGAGUGUGGCUGCAAAAUUUCCUGUGGAUGCAAGAGAAGGUUUAGAAAGUCUAGCAUACUACAUUGAGGAACCUCAAGAUGUUAAUGACUUAGUUGUUGAUGGCCAAAGACCAACCCAUAUAGGAAACAAUGAUGCUAAAAGUUCUGAGUUUAUCACUUUAUCUGAUGAGUCGAUACCAGAGGUAGAAGAACAUGAGAACACUGCAAAAAGGAAAAACGAGAAAACCGGUAUUAUGGAAGAUGAGACAGUUGACUGGAAGACUCUUAGGAAGAUGUACACAAAAGAAGGAUCUCGUCCCAAAAUGCAUAUGGACUCUGUUAAUUGGAGUGAUGUGAGAUUAUCUGGCCAAAAAGUUUUUGAAACCACCAUCAGAAGACGCGGACAAUUCAGGAUUCUUUCAGAAAGAAUUUUGAAAUUUCUCAACGAUGAAGUUCAACAUAAUGGAACUCUUGAUCUUGAAUGGCUCCGAAAUGCUCCAUCAGAUUUAGUGAAGAGAUAUCUGUUGGAGAUUGAAGGGAUAGGACUGAAGAGUGCUGAGUGCGUACGGCUGUUAGGACUUAAACACCAUGCGUUUCCGGUUGACACAAAUGUUGGUCGUAUAGCAGUUCGACUUGGUUGGGUUCCUCUUGAACCUUUACCAAAUGGAGUUCAAAUGCAUCAACUAUUCCAGUACCCUUCAAUGGAUUCAAUUCAAAAAUACCUCUGGCCACGAUUGUGUAAACUUCCUCAAGAAAUUUUAUAUGAACUACAUUAUCAGAUGAUAACAUUUGGAAAGGUUUUUUGCACAAAAGUUAUUCCUAACUGUAAUGCAUGUCCGAUGAAGUCAGAAUGCAAAUAUUUUGCAAGUGCAUAUGUCAGUUCAAAGGUUCUUCUCGAGGGUCCAGAAGAAAAGAUGCAUGAGCCUGAUACUUUUAUGAAUGCAUAUUCUCAAGACGCUGAUGUAGAUAUGACAUCAAAUAUAAAUUUGAUAGAAGAAUGUGUUUCUCCUGGAUGUAGCGAUCAAGCUAUAUGUUGUAAGCCACUGGUUGAGUUUCCUUCUUCUCCUAGAGCGGAAAUUCCCGAGUCAACAGACAUUGAAGAUAUUCCAUUCAUAAAUCCUUAUCAGCUAUAUGCUAGAGUUCCUAAAAUUGAUUUUGACAUGGAUGCAUUGAAGAAAAAUGUAGAAGAUGCACUUGUAAAAGGUGGUAGGAUGUUGAGCAGUUCUGAUGAAGAAAUAUCAAAAGCAUUAGUGGUUCUCACUCCUGAAAAUGCAUGCAUUCCAAUCAAGCCGCCUCGAAAAAUGAAGUAUUAUGAUCGACUAAGAACUGAACAUGUGGUUUAUGUGCUUCCUGAUAAUCAUGAGCUGCUCCACGAUUUUGAGAGAAGAGAACUUGAUGAUCCGAGUCCUUACCUUCUUGCGAUUUGGCAACCAGGUGAAACGUCAUCCUCGUUCAUUCCACCAAAGAAAAAGUGCAAUUCUGAUGGAUCAAAGCUUUGCAAGAUAAAGAGUUGUUCGUAUUGUUGGACUAUACGAGAACAAAGUUCCAACACUUUUCGCGGAACAAUUUUGAUUCCAUGUAGAACAGCAAUGCGAGCGGGUUUUCCACUUAAUGGAACAUACUUCCAAACCAAUGAGGUUUUUGCUGAUCAUGAGACGAGUUUAAAACCCAUUGUCUUUCCUAGAGAGUUGUGUGACGGACUAGAAAAACGUGCACUAUAUUGUGGUUCAUCAGUGACAUCCAUUUUUCGAUUUUUAGAUACAAGACGGAUUCAACUUUGCUUUUGGACGGGGUUUUUAUGUAUGAGAGCAUUUGAUCGAAAGCAACGAUAUCCAAAAGAACUUGUUCGACGACUACACACUCCACCUGAUGAGAGAGGGCCAAAGUUUAUGAAUGAUGAUAUAUAGUUUUUUUUUUUUUUUUUUUGGGUCUAGUUUAGUAAAACAUUUAAACGAUAACAUGGUUCAACGAACGAGUAAAUUCAUUGUUUUUUAUUUAAA